AUGGCCUCUCUACCUCUUGUCAUCAUCCUUGGAGCUACCGGGCGCACGGGGCAGUCCAUUGCUGAUGCACUUCUGGACAGCGGCAAGUUUAGAGUUGGCGCUAUUACCCGGCCUGGAUCAAUAUCCAAGCCCGAGGUGGAGGCGCUGCGCGCGAAAGGUGUAGAGAUUCGUGCAACGGACCCCAGCUCCGACAGUCUCGAGAAGUUGAAGGAGGCUUUGUCUGGCGCAGAAGUCCUCAUCAGCGCCGUUUCUGCCACCGCAAUCGACGGUCAGAAGACGAUCAUCGCAGCUGCAAAGGAAGUAGGCGUAAAGCGUGUUGUUCCUUGCGACUUCGGGACUCCCGGCAGGCGCGGCGUGCGUGCCCUCCACGACGCGAAAUUGGACAUCCGCGAGUAUGUCCAGAAGCUGGGCAUUGGAUACACGUUCAUCGAUAUCGGCUGGUGGAUGCAGCUCACUGUGACGGGUACCACUGCUCACCCGUCGCUGCUCGGUCCGUGGUCAGAACAGGUAUUCGAUAGUGGGCGCAAGAAACAGCUUCUCACGAAUGUCGACCACGUCGGGCCGUUUGUAGCGAGGAUCGUUGCUGAUCCCCGUACGCUGAAUCACUAUGUGAUCGUCUGGGAGGAAGAAAUGACCUUUACGGAGGCGAAGGAUAUUUCGGAGAGAUAUUCUGGCGAGUGCGAAGCAUUGAGAGCCAAGCGCAAAUUAGUAUCCCGUGAGGAGCUUCUUAAGCUCGCAGAGGAUGGAAAGACGCAGUACGCGAAAACGCAUGACGAUGCAUCACAUGCUACCUGGGCGUAUGCAGAGUACAUGCUCAGCUUGCACUUCAUUGGUGAGAACACGCUCGAGAAUGCCAAAGCUUUGGGGGCAUUAGAUGCGAGAGAACUUUAUCCGGACGCUCAAUUUACCUCGUUUGAGGACUUUUCGAAGAAGUUCUAUGCGUAG